AUGCCCAAUCUCGUCCCAACCGGCUUGAAAUCCUCCGACCUGCUGCAAAAGAUGGCCAACGUUAUCCUCUCCAUCAACGCCGGAAGCUCCUCGUUGAAGACGACGCUGUUUGUGGAGGAAGAGAGCGACGAGGGCAAGGUCAAGGGCCUUCGGCGCCUGGGGAGCGCGGAAAUAUCUUCCAUCAAUGCCCCUCCUGCGCGCCUAAAGUACCUGCGUGGCUCCUACAAAGACACCCGCGAACUCGGCGACAUCAACGACCACAACCACGCCUUUGAGCAUAUCCUGAACGCCUUUCUGGCUGAUGCUGAGAUCCCAGAGGUCUCCAACAAGGAUGACAUCGACUACACGGCCCAUCGAGUUGUCCAGGGAGGGAACUUUGAGGAAAACCAGUUCAUCACCAAGAAGACCUUGAAUAAGAUCAACAAGCUGUCAGAUCUUGCUCCCCUGCACAAUGCUUCCGCGGUCGGUCUCAUGCUGGCCUGCCACGAACACCUCCCCAAUGUCAUCAAUGUGGCAUGUUUCGAUUCCGGUUUCCACCAAACCAUGCCUGACUACGUCAAGAGCUAUGCCAUUGAUCAGAAGAUUGCCAAGGAAAAGGGUCUGCGCAAAUAUGGGUUUCAUGGUCUGAGCUACCAAUACAUCACAAGAACCACCGCCGCAUUCCUGGGGAAGCCGGAAUCCGAGACCAACAUCAUUGCACUGCAUCUGGGGAGUGGUGCUUCCAUGUGCGCAAUACAGAAUGGACGUUCAAUAGACACGACCAUGGGCUUGACACCCGUCUCAGGUUUACCCGGCGGCUCGCGGAGCGGUGACAUCGACCCGAGUCUCGUCUUUCACUACACCUCCGAUGCUAGUGCAUUGAGCCCAAACAGCACAAAAGAUCUCCAUAUUUCCACGGCUGAAGAGAUUCUUAACAAGCAGUCAGGAUGGAAGGCAUUAACGGGGACGUCAGACUUUGCAAAGAUUGCCGACCCGAAUGCCCCGGACACCCACAAGCUCGCGUUUAACAUCUUUACUGACCGGGUCGUCGGCUUCGUGGGCAACUACUUUGUGAAAUUAGGUGGCAAAGUUGACGCCUUGGUCUUUGCCGGUGGCAUUGGCGAAAAGAGCCCGUACUUGCGACAAGUCGUGAUUGACAAAGUCUCAUGCCUCGGCUUCACCAUUGACGAAGAGAAGAACAAGAAAGGCCCGGACGGAAAGGACGUGGUGGAUAUCGGCACCAGUGAAACCAUGCGCACGUUGGUCUGCGAAACGGACGAAGACGUGAGCAUUUCCAGUUUUCCCACGGGCGAUCUCUGGCUAACAGCAUGA